GCCGCGGCGCUGGGCCAAUGGGAAGGCUCGGCUCGGCUCGCCCUGGGCAGGCAAGGAGGGAGCCGAGGCAGUCCGGCGGUAACGCGGUCCUGGCGCCGCCGCGGGCAGGGAGCACCCCGGGCCCCCACCGCGGGCCCCUUCCUCCUCAGAGGUCUCCGGUUGCUGCCCCUCCCCCGCCUCCGGCUGCCCUUCCCCCCCCGCCGGCUCCCGGUCCCAGCCCCCGCGGAGGCACGCCCCCUCCCCCAUCAUGCCCGGGCGCUCCCGGGUCUAGCUCCCCGCUGACCCCCCCCCCCCGCCCCACCUGGGCCGGCCCCCCCCAGCCUCGCCUCCCCCCGCUGCCCAGAGCCAGAGGGAUGGUGGUAGUCACGGGGCGGGAGCCAGCCAGCCGUCGCCCGGAUGAUGCCAUGUCCAGCUCGGACGCUGAAGACGACUUCCAGGAGCCUGCCACCCCCACGGCCACCCAGGCUGGGCACGCGCUGCCGCUGCUGCCCCAGGAGCCGCCGGCACUCCCUCACCUCCGGCUAUGCGGAGAAUCUCCCGGCGGUGUGGACAGUUAUGGAGGAGUACGGAAAUCAUGGACCCCUCAGCGAACACCUGGGGCCGCUCGGAGCGGCACGUUCGCCGGAGAGAUCAUCCAGAGGUUCCCCGAGGUCGUGCCUCUCAACAUUGGAGGGAUGUACUUCACCACACGCCUGUCGACACUGCGGCGCUACGAGGACACCAUGCUGGCAGCCAUGUUCAGCGGGCGCCACUACAUUCCCACUGAUGCGGAGGGGCGGUAUUUCAUCGACCGUGAUGGGACCCACUUUGGAGAUGUGCUUAACUUCCUUCGUUCUGGUGACCUGCCUCCGCGGGACCGUGUACGGGCUGUAUACAAGGAGGCCCAGUAUUAUGCCAUCGGGCCCCUGCUGGAGCAGCUCGAGGAUGUGCAGCCGCUGAAGGGGGAGAAGGUGCGCCAAGCGUUCCUGGGGCUCAUGCCCUAUUAUAAAGAUCACUUGGAGCGGAUUGUGGAGAUCGCCCAGCUGCGGGCUGUCCAGCGCAAGGCGCGCUUUGCCAAGCUGAAAGUCUGUGUCUUCAAGGAGGAGAUGCCCAUCACCCCCUAUGAGUGUCCCCUCUUUAACUCCUUGCGCUUCGAGCGCAGCGAAAGUGACAGUCCCUUCUUCGAACACCACUGUGAAGUGGACGUGUCCUUCGGGCCGUGGGAGGCCGUGGCUGAUGUCUAUGACCUGCUGCACUGCCUGGUCACGGACCUCUCUGCCCAGGGCCUCACAGUGGAUCACCAGUGCAUCGGGGUCUGCGACAAGCACCUGGUUAACCACUAUUACUGCAAGAGGCCCAUCUAUGAGUUCAAGAUCACAUGGUGACACUGAGCCAAGCUAUUGAGGAGGAUGUCAGUGUGAGUAGAGCGCAGAUUACUAACACCAGUGCUGGCAGUAACCCACAUUGGCCUCUGUCCCCCUGUCCCCUCCUGGUCCCGCCACAGAGCAUCGCAGUGGGCUUAUUUAGAAUCCACAUGGGUGAGACCCAGAAUGACUGGUUUUCGAAAGUCCCUGCAGCCCUGCUUGGGGGCUAACCUGGAUGCUGGGUGAGGACAGUGCCCCCCCAUCUUUCUGGAAGGUCACUCUCUGUUACUCUGUCGUGCUGUGCUUUCAAUGACUGUGUUUCGUUAUGUGUCCUUCUGGGGAGAGGAGGGCUACCAGAAAGGAGCUUCCCUGGUUAUGUUUAGGGAACUUUUUCUAGAGCUAGCAACAGACUCUUGGAUCAGAUUUCCCCUCUGUCUAGGACCUGAAGCUGAGUUGGAAGACAAGUAAAAAAAUCUGUAGUUCUAUAGCCAUCACACCCAAAGGGGAGGAGGGGAAAAAAAAAAACAGCUUCAGGUUCUGCCCUUGGGCUGAGGGAAUAACACCCCUUCUCUGGGGAAAUUAUUCUUGCCCCCAGGGAGUUCUUCUGUGGGGCUAGGGCCUUUUCUGUCCCCCAGCUCCUCUGUGAUUUGUCAUUGAAGUCUAAGUCAAGAGGGAACAACUUCUCAAGAGAGCCUUAGAAUCCUCCCCUCGCCACUACUAACAAUGGAGUUUAUUUGAAUUCUUGCAACUUCUUGGGACCCACUGCCCCCUACCUUUAAACGUACAGCCAGAAGCGUUCUCUUCAGGGAUGGGCCAGGAGAAAAGACUCAGUGGACUGAGAUGGUCUCAUAGAUUUUGAGCUGGAACAGGCUUGAGCCCCAAUCGUCUAGUUCCUUCAUUUUGCAAAUGAGAAAACUUGUCCAAGUCAUAACAUACUGAAGGUGGGAUUUGAACACAGCUCUCUGUCUCCAAAUCCAUUGCUCUUUCCACUGUAUCAUAGGUCACUGGAGAAAGGAGUUCUCAAAGGUCAGGAUACAGGCAGAGGAAAGCAAAAGCCCAGAGUAGGAGUUUCCCCCGGGGUUGGCUCCCUAUGGGUCUCUGGUUGGCAGGUGGAGAAGGCAAGACCUGGGGCUGGGCUGUUGACUGGAUCCCUACCCAGCUGAGCUGGCUGGUGUCAGCUGACCCAGAGGGAGACGAGUGGUCAUCUCCUUGCCCACACUGUUCGUGCAGAUGCUCCCUCUGGAUUAGCUCAUUGGCCCGCCACACCGCUGGCAGCCAGUCCUGCCCUCCUGCCGGCUUCUCAGGCCUACAGCCCACUGGGGGCUUUCUGGAGAUGCUCAGGUUGGGUCAGAUGAUUGCCCUCUGGGUGGUUUGUAGCUCUGUUGAGCCCCUGGCAGCGCUGGUCCUGGUGGCGGUGGUGCCGUAGAAAGGGUCGAGGUCACUGAGCAGGAGGCAUUCCGCAUGUGACCUUGGGCUCAGGGUACUCAGGGGUGACCCCGUUUCAAAAGAGUUAAAAAUAUCUUCCCUUACUGUAAGCUGUCUGCUCCCAGAAAGGACCACACACAAACACAAACACACAUACUCACACACAUAGUCACACACUCACACACAUAGUCACACACUCACACACACACGGACAUCCAUAACUCUUGAGCCAGAAGGGGUCUCAGAAGCCAGCUCGUCCAACCACCUCGUGACACAGAUGAGACCCCAGGAGGUGAUGGGACCUGCUCAGAGUCACAUGGGCAAUAAGUAUUUGAAAUAAGAUUUGAACUCAGGUUCUCUUACCCCAGAGUCAAAGCUCUUUCCACUCUGCUUCCCUGCCCUGGGUGGCCGGAGGCUGAAGGAGGCAGGUUUUCUACAAUUCUGGGGAAAUGUGCAUGGGGAAGGGAAUGGCGGAAGAAGGGCUGUGCAGGCGCUGACCGGGCUGAGUGCCUUCCUCCCCUGAGACCUGGGGCUCCGUGUCACUGUGUAACAGAUCCUGUGUCGCGGCUUCCUUUCAGUCCAAUGUCUGUGACAGGAUGGCUGUGCCAGCCUUCACGCUGUACGUGGCAUUAAAGUGAAGUAUCGGA